UGCUUCUGCUGUGCUCUGCUUGUACAUAUACAAAUAAAACAAAUUUUACAAAUAUUCUGUACAUCUUCAGUGCUCUCUCCCCAAAGGAAACUGAACCCCAUAGUACACUUCCACCCCUGGAACCUCUGGCCAUUUGGGAAAGUGGGAAGUGCAUAACAGUAUGUUUGGAUUGUCACUAGUAUAGUUUGAUUUCUUUACACACAGGUUUUCUCCUCCCCCCUCAAAUUAAUACCUUUGACCCUGUGAGAUUAUUUAAGAGUUUAUUCCAUUCUUUGGGGUGGGGGGAGUUGAUACUUAAACAAUUUAUUGGUUGUGUUGCUUUUAGGUUCCCAAAAUGGAGGGCAUAAUAGAUUUCCAUGCUUUGGAGAAAGAGUUGGAAGAAGCUAUUGCCACUGAUGAAAAGUACCAGAGAGAAAAUGAGGCCAAGUUCCGAGCAGUGCACCAGAAAGUGGCAUCCUAUGAAGAAUUCAGGGAUAUUGUUCUAGCAUCUCACUUGAAACCUCUGGAGAAAAGGGACAAGAUGGGGAAGAAAAGAAAAGCGUUGUGGAACUCUUGCACAAUUAAAGCAGACUGCAAACAAGAGAGUGAGGAGAAUCUAUAAUUGAAUCUUAACAUGUAUAGUUUUGCAUCUGCAGAGUUCUACAGAGAUUGGAGGAGAUGCAUGAAAAACAGCCAACUUGGAUCCCAGAACCUGUGCCAGAUCUUUCAAACAGAUCUUUACUUUGGUCUCCUAGGUGAAUUCAUAGAAGUACUCACUGAAAAAGCCUGUACCAAAGACCAGGACACAGUCUUGGAGAUUCUGGAGAGUUUUCCAGGAACUAAAUGUUUUGGACUGAAUGUGGAACUCCUGAGUGAACAAGAGAAGGCUGGCUGCAGGCAGUUGUUUGAGAAACUGCAAAGAAUGGAGACUGACACUGCCAAUCCUCCUGAAUUUUCAUGUGCUUCAGAUGAAGAAAAUGCAGCUGUUACACAAAUGGAUUGCCAAGUAAAUGGGCUAGUUGAAAGAAAACUGGUGAAACUGAUGCAUCUUUACCACGUCUGCUGAAUGAGUCUUAAGUUUGUAUCACCAGCCACACCACAUAGGGAAAUCUUCAGAAUACAGGGAGGAUUGGAACUUCUGUCAGCAUCAUUGCCCUUGCAGAUGAGUGGGAGAUGUGAAAAAGUUCAUGUACGCCCUUGCAGAUCUGCCUUUAAUCUCAGUAGGGCUAAUGCAGAACAGAUGUCCAGUGGAACAGAUAUCUUUACGACUCGCUUUUUGUCUCUUUUGCACCUGCUAUUCAGUUUUUACAUGGGGUUGCCGUCUCUAACCAUAUGUCAAUAAAUGUAUUUAUUUAUUUA